AUGGCCGCUGAUCAACCAAAUCUCGGCAUUCCGCCUGAGCAUGAAGCUUCGUUCAAAGCAUUCACUCAAUCUACGAAAGAAAAUGGGGUUUUGAAUCGGCCUGAGAGUCUUGAGAGUCGGGACCUAUGCGAUGGGCUAUCAGAUCCUCCCACCCUUCUACGAUUUCUAGUCGCCCGUCAAUAUAACCCUGAUGGUGCUCUCAAACAGUUCAUAGAGGCCUGUCAAUUUCGCGAAGAGAAGCACAUCCUCAGGCUUUAUGAUUUAGUCGACAUUGCCGAUUUCGAGCAAGCUCGUCAAAUUUACCCCCAAUGGACUGGUCGUAGGGACAAAAAAGGGUUACCCAUUUGCAUGCUUGACCUGGAGUAUCUUGACAAAGCUGCUCUCGCACGCUGGGAAACGACGCGCAAAAACAGUCCUUGGAUAUAUUCCCAAUCAGGAAAAGUCGAAUCGCCAAAGCCCGAUAUGCUGCAAUUAGCCUCUGUGUACCAUGACAGUCUCAUUCGGUUCAUCCUUCCGCUUUGCUCGAAGAUGACAGACAGGCCCACCCCUUUAUUCCCGGUCACCAAUUCGAUUUAUGUUGUUGAUGCAUCGAAUUUGGGGUUGAAGCAAGCAUGGGGGUUGAGAUUCUUUGCCCAAGAGAUCAGUUGGUUGUUAUCAACAUGUUACCCGGAGACUAUUCAACGUGUCUUUGUAUGCAAUGCGCCCUCAUACUAUGCCACUAUGUGGAAGUACCUUAAGGGCUGGGUCGACCCUCAUACUGCAGAAAAGAUCGUAGUGCUCCUGAAUUCAGAGGUCCUUCCUAUCCUCCGGGAGUACAUCGAUGAUGCCAAUAUCCCAACCAAGUUUGGCGGUCAAUUUCAAUUUACCCAUGGAAUGCUUCCAGAUCUCGACGAUAAUCUCCGGCAGCUUUUGAACUUAGAUGCAUCGAAAUCUCUGCCUCCUGGUCCCUUGAAGUGGAUCCAAGAAUCAGAUGGUAGACGGACUGCAUUGGCUGUUGGUAGCAAUGGUGACUCUGAGAGAAACGACAAGAUCGCAACACUUGAUCGAUUUGGGCAAUAA